AUGGCGAGUAAGGCUGCUGCGCGUGUUAGAAAGAAGGAGAUCAUCAAAGUUGUGCAUGGUGCACUUCUAAAAACUAAUAUCAAGUGAGUUCAAGAAAUUGUUUGCAAAAACCAAAAAAAAUGUUCAGGGCGCAAAUGGCAUCGGCUGCUCCACCAUUGGGACCACAAUUAGGUCAAAGAGGUUUGAAUGUGGCGAAUUUUUGCAAAGAAUUCAACAAAGAAACUGGUCAUUUCAAGCAAGGAAUUCCACUUCCAACAAGAAUCAGUGUAAAACCGGAUAGAACUUAUGAUUUAGAGAUUUGUACACCAACAACAACUUGGUUAUUAAAACAAGCAGCUGGAAUAGGAAGAGGAAAAGCGAGUCGAGAUGAAAUUGUUGGCAAAUUAUCAGUCAAACAUUUAUAUGAAAUUGCUCGAGUCAAAUCACGAGAUAAAGCGUUGCAAGGUGUCCCGUUGCAGGAAAUUUGUCAAAAUCUUGUGAAAACUUGUCGAACAAUUGGGAUUGAGGUGCAAAAUGAGGAUUUGAAUGUGGAUGAAUUGAAAGUUUUUCUAGCGGAAAGAAAGCAAAAAGUUGAAGCUCAACUCAAGGAUUUGGCUGAUAAAAAAGCUGCGAAAAUGUUGCGAACAACUUAA